UGUAUUCCACUGUUAAGCCUUCAUUUGACUUGGACUAUUUCAAAAUUCAUGAUGGCGGAUUUGCCGGCAGGAUGGGAGAUGAAGAUGAGUCGCAGUUCAGGCCAGGAAUAUUACCUGAACGUAUACACAAAAGAAAGUCAAUGGGACAGACCCACUAAACCUGCACAGAGAGUUAUGAACACAGUACAGGCAUCCCAUUUACUGGUUAAACAUCGUGAUUCACGACGACCUGCAUCCUGGCGUUCAGAAAACAUCACACUCACAAAGGAGGAAGCUCUCAAGAUUCUAACGGAAUACAGGAAUCAGAUAGAAAGAGGGGAAAAGACCUUUGAGGAAUUAGCAAGUCAAUUUAGUGACUGUAGCUCUGCUAAGCGAGGAGGUGACCUUGGACCCUUUGAACGUGGUCAGAUGCAGAAACCAUUUGAGGAUGCUACAUUUGCCAUGAAGGUUGGAGAACUAAGUAAUCCUGUAUGGACAGAUUCAGGUGUACACAUCAUCCUUCGGACAGCAUAGUGUUUUGCAGUUCGACAACAUUCAUGAUUGACAUUGUUUAGGUAUUCAUUUACUUUGAUGUCACAAUAUAAGUCAGGUCCAGCUUUAAUAGAUGUAACAGCCAAUGUACCUGUAUAAAUUCAGUGAUUUCUAUGUCAACGUUUAAGUGUUCUCUAAGGCUGGUAUAACGUUAAUGAUUUAAAUAUCAUAUCCAAAUGCAUGUAGGGUCCUGGUUGUUGAUUAAUAAAACAUUUAUAUACAUGUUUUCAUUAAAGUGUUCACAAUGUAAACACUGAGGACUUUCAAUUUGGCUUUGAGAGUGUGUUUUUGGCUCCCAAAAAUGAGAUUUGACUCUUGGUGUUGAACUUUUAUUUUUCUGGGAUAAAGCGAUUUGACUUUUAUAAUUACUAAAUGUCAAAGGCCAAUUUAAAGUGAUACUGUUAACUACCUACUUUAAAAGAUCUGCAUGUGGAAAUGAAUUUGUAAAGUUAUUUGCUAAUCUUUUUAAAAAUACACCCUUUAAACCAGCUUUAUAAUAAUUUGUACAAUUUUACAUAUUCUCACUAUUAAAUUGUUUCUUACAUACAAAGGGCUCCAAUAUACAGGGUUUCAAGAAUUUAAUUCUUAUAUUUAAAUUAAUCAAUUAUAACAAAUGAUCAUUAACAUUGCUUUGUGAAAAUUCAUCAAAUAUUUACAAAUAAUCCUUAACAUUACUCUAUUAAAAAGUUACAUUAAUCAAUUAAAAUGAUGUUACUCUGUGUUACAAUACUUUAAUACUUUGUAUAUAAAUAAUGUAACCACCCUCAGUAUAAUCAGUAUUUGUUGUGAAGAGUUACUUCCCUUAUGCCUUCUGGACACAUAUUUUGCAGAGUAUUGAUUUCCUGACAAAAGUAAGGUUGACACCUAUUAAGUUACUAGGUUGAUCAGUUCCUUGGUCAUACUUCAAUCAUAUUGUUGACACACGUGCUGUGUUUUGAUUAAAUAGUGCUAGAUAUAAAGUCUUCUGCUAGGUUGGUAUGGAAUAUAUUGUAGUGCUGCUCGACUUCUGUUUCCUUAAAUAAGGAAAUUCAGGUUUAUAUUGAAUAUUAAUAAAAUAUUCAUAUAAUGUA